AGAGGUCGUUAGGCACUUGUAGGGAUACUCACGGUUAUACCACACCGGCUGCUUUACGCCAGAUAACAUAUAGUACAUAUUACACAGUAUUACAUAUUUAAUAUUCACCAUAAACCUGACAUUUAACGGGUCUAGUAGUCGUCGGUGCUUCUUCUCUCCUACUAGCUGUGAGGUGCCCCGCCCCUCCGUGAGCUCCAUAUGCAGCCAGCGACACACCGCACCGCCACCGAGCCUCUUACAGCCGUCGGUAACCGUCGGUAACGGAGAAGAUGGCAGAGCGGCAACAACAGAAACACGAAGGCAGGGUAAAGAUCGGCCAUUACAUCCUCGGAGACACGCUCGGAGUGGGAACAUUCGGCAAAGUGAAGAUUGGCGAGCAUCAGUUGACGGGUCAUAAAGUGGCAGUAAAGAUCCUAAACAGACAGCGGAUCCGCAGCCUCGAUGUCGUCGGGAAAAUCAAACGAGAGAUCCAGAACCUCAAACUGUUCAGACAUCCGCACAUCAUCAAGCUGUACCAGGUGAUAAGUACACCCACAGAUUUCUUCAUGGUCAUGGAGUACGUGUCUGGAGGGGAGCUGUUUGACUACAUCUGCAAACAUGGACGGGUGGAGGACAAAGAAGCUCGCCGUCUUUUCCAGCAGAUUAUCUCAGCUGUGGACUACUGCCACCGGCACAUGGUGGUCCACCGAGACCUCAAACCAGAGAACGUCCUGCUGGAUUUCAACAAGAACGCCAAGAUAGCCGACUUCGGUCUGUCAAACAUGAUGUCAGAUGGGGAGUUCCUACGGACGAGCUGUGGCUCACCCAACUAUGCAGCCCCAGAGGUCAUCUCCGGAAGGCUCUAUGCAGGCCCAGAGGUGGACAUCUGGAGCUGUGGGGUGAUCCUGUACGCCCUGCUGUGCGGCACGCUGCCCUUUGACGACGAGCACGUCCCCACGCUGUUCAAGAAGAUCAGAGGAGGCGUUUUCUACAUCCCCGAGUAUCUGAAUCGCUCCGUGGCCUCGCUGCUCAUGCUCAUGCUGCAGGUGGACCCUCUGAAGAGAGCCACCAUCAAAGACAUCAGGGAAGACGAGUGGUUUAAGCAGGACCUGCCAGGCUACCUGUUCCCUGAGGACCCCUCGUACGAUGCUUCGGUCCUGGACGAGGAGGCCGUCAGGGAAGUGUGUGAGAAGUUUGAGUGCACCGAGUCCGAGUUUGUGUCCAGCCUUUACAGCGGGGAUCCACAGGAUCAUCUGGCAGUAGCCUAUCACCUUAUAAUAGACAACCGGCGCAUCAUGACUCAGGCCAGCGAGUUCUACUUGGCCUCCAGUCCACCCCAGGGCUCCUUCAUAGAAGAGGGCAUGCCGCUGCCCCCCGGGGUCAAACCCCACCCAGAGAGGAUGCCUCCGCUGCUGGCCGACAGCCCCAAGUCCCGCUGUCCUCUGGACGCCCUCAACACCACCCGGCACAAACCCCUGACAGUGAAGAAGGCCAAGUGGCACCUCGGGAUCAGGAGUCAGAGCCGACCCUAUGACAUUAUGGCUGAAGUGUACAGGGCCAUGAGACAGCUGAGCUUUGACUGGAAGGUGGUGAACCCGUACCACCUGCGAGUGCGGAGGAAGAACCCAGUGACGGGAAACUUGGUGAAAAUGAGCCUGCAGCUGUACCAGGUGGACAACAGAUCCUACCUCCUCGACUUCAAGAGCAUCGAUGAUGACAUCAUCGAGGCGGCGGGCAUUAAAUCGGGUUCGUCCACUCCUCAGAGGUCGGGCUCCACUGCUGGUCUCCACAGACCCAGACUGAGCAUCGACUCUGCGAGCCUGGCGGUGGAUAUGCCCCAGCUCAGCUCCUCUCUCCCGGGGUCCCUGUCCGGUAGCACCCCUCUACUCACCCCCCGUCAGGGAUCUCACACCAUGGACUUCUUUGAGAUGUGCGCUAGUCUGAUCACCACACUGGCUCGUUGAGACCUGACGACUCCUCGCUCCGCUGUAACCUGGAUGUCAGCGGGGGGUUUUAAAGCCAGAUCCGGGAUGUUCAGAGUGACUUCCUCUCUCUGUCUCCUCUCCAUCUCUGAAAGCAAUCCCUUUCACCUCAGAUUAAGGAGACGCAGAGAGGAAUCCUUUUUCAGAAAUCAGCUUCUUCUUUUCUUAUUUUGACACAGUCCUUGGGUCAGAGUUUUUGGAGUUUAAACAUCAGGCCACAGCUCAUGAAAACUGAUCCUGGGACUGGAAUCUGAACCAGCGGAGCGAGGUGAGAGGCAAUAUGUCGGCAAAGGUCAAGUUCACCGUCACUCCUCCCACAAAUACCCUCAAUCUAUUAUCAACUGCUGAAAUGUCGUCACCCACCAUAACACUUAAUGGCGGGAAAUCCUGCUGAGUUUGCCCCAGACACUGAUCGGAGGUCAGUUUUGCUUCUUGUCUUAUAUUUUCACGAAGGCACUGGUUGUUAAACUUGACAUUAAAUCUGUGUUCUGAGGGAACGUCGACA